CGGAGUCCAGUUCAAAAACAUUGGGCGGGUCCCCGAUUGCACAGUGCACUGUCCUUUACGCAUUUGCUGCUAUGUUGCCUUCCAGUAUCAUAGCGUCAAUCGGGUUGUUAUGGUUAAAAUCUCUACCUGUUGUGACAUCUGCGUUGACCCCAGCGGCUUCCCUGGCCACACAAUAUGCAAUGACAACCAGCACAAGCAUGUCAUUCCCUACAGCAACACAAAGUGCUUCAGAUGCUCUGUCAUUUGUUACUUCACAGUGGUCUCUCAGCAAGGGGAAUGUCCAAGAUGGUGCAAACGACAUUGCUUUUGUUAGCGAUCCCUUCCCCAACUCACCUGUACCUGGUUCAACGGGCAAUGAGACUGGCCCAGUGCUCCAGAUAACAUAUCCUCAAGGAAGUUAUUCGCAUAACACAGGAGGCGCUCAGUGGUACUCCCUUUGGAACACCAGUGAUGGAUCAACUUUUGACAGCAUGAUUCUAUCUUACGAAAUCGCGUUCGACUCUAAUUUUAACUGGGUGCAAGGCGGAAAACUCCCAGGACUUAGAGGGGGUCCUGAUGUUUUUGAUUGCUCAGGGGGCAAUCAGCCGAAUGGUUCGGAUUGCUUCAGCGCUCGACUGAUGUGGAGAAAGAAUGGAGCGGGUGAAGUCUAUACAUACAUGCUUACACCAAAUAAUAUAUGCGGUGAUGAUAGCAUCACUUGCAACUCGGACUUCGGUGUCAGCAUUGAUCGCGGUGCUUUUGGAUUUGUGUCUGGACAAUGGAGCCGGGUAACACUUGUUGUCCAACUCAACAACCCUCCAAACGUAGCGAAUGGGAACAUCAUGCUCUUUUUCAAUGAUGUUCAGGGUAUAUCUCAAGGAAGCUUACAGCUCCGAGGUAGCACUGAUAUCAAUAUUGGUGGCCUUUAUUUCUCGACAUUCUUUGGAGGCAGUGACAGUAGCUGGGCAACUCCACAGACAACCCAUACCUAUUUCCGCAAUUUCCAAAUGUGGGGCAGCUCGUCGCCAUCAAAUCUUACAGGACAAAAGGUCAGUGGUGCGUCACAUAAUUUAGUAGAAGGAUGUAGUUGGACGUUUGUAUGGUUUUUCGCAUUGGGUUUGAUGUUGUUAUUUGGACUAUAAUUCGUACUCUAUUU